AUGAGGAAGCAGUUGGACCCACGUAUACCGGCGCUCAUCAACAAUGGUGUCAAAUCGAAUCACAGGAGCUUCUUCGUGAUGGUAGGGGACAGGGGAAGAGAUCAGGUGGUCAACUUGCAUUUCCUCUUAUCCCAAGCUAGAGUAUCGUCCAGACCAAAUGUGCUUUGGUGUUACAAGAAAGAUCUAGGAUUCACGACCCAUCGAAAGAAGAGAGAAGCCAAGAUAAAGCGAGAUGUCAAGAGGGGAAUCAGGGAGGCGAAUGAACAGGAUCCGUUUGAGCUCUUCGUUGCGGUCACCGAUAUCAGAUAUACAUACUAUAAAGACAGCGCGAAGAUAUUAGGUCAGACUUUUGGAAUGCUAGUUUUACAGGAUUACGAAGCUAUAACACCGAAUUUACUGGCUAGGUCGAUAGAAACUGUUGAAGGUGGUGGUAUCGUCGUGCUAUUGCUGAAGACCAUGAACAGUUUGAAGCAGCUGUAUGCAAUGGCCAUGGACGUUCAUGCAAGGUAUAGAACGGAUGCGCACCAAUUCGUUCAACCCCGAUUCAAUGAGAGAUUCAUACUGUCCCUCGGGUCUUGUUCAGAUUGUUUGGUCUUAGAUGACGAGUUAAACGUAUUGCCUUUAUCGAAAGGGAAGGAUAUAACAGUUGGAAAGGAUAAUGAAGACGAUCGAGGGAGAAAGAGGAAAGCAGAGGAAUUGAAGGAGAUGAAAGAAAGUUUGGAUGGGGUAGAUAUCGUCGGAUCAUUAGCCAAAUUGGCGAAGACAGUAGACCAGGCAAAAGCUUUGUUGACCUUUGUCGAAGCCAUCUCCGAGAAGACUUUAUCGUCUACUGUAGCUUUGACAGCAGCAAGAGGUCGAGGUAAAUCCGCUGCAUUAGGUCUAGCCAUUGGAGCGGCAUUGGCCCAUGACUAUUCCAACAUCUUCGUCACUUCCCCUGAUCCUGAAAACCUCAAAACCCUCUUCGAAUUCGUGUUCAAAGCCUUAGAUGCGUUGGGUUAUGAGGAACAUAUAGAUUAUGAUAUAGUGCAGAGUACAAAUCCAGAGUUUAAGAAAGCCAUUGUCAGAGUCAAUGUGUUUAGAGGACAUAGACAGACUAUACAGUAUAUCGCCCCUGAGGAUUCCCAUGUCCUUGGUCAAGCCGAACUUGUCAUCAUCGAUGAAGCCGCUGCCAUCCCUCUUCCUCUUGUUCGAAAACUCAUCGGUCCCUAUCUAGUAUUCAUGGCAUCCACCAUCAACGGUUAUGAGGGUACUGGACGAUCCUUAUCCAUCAAGCUUAUCCAACAAUUACGAGAACAGACUCGACCUUCCAUAAGCAAAGAACCUGCACCUUCAUCUGUCACAUCUAAUGCCGGUCCUUCGAAAGCUGCCUCAGCAGGUCGGUCAGGAGCAGGUCUAGUCCGAUCACUGAGGGAAAUCAAAUUAGAUGAACCCAUCAGGUAUUCGCCAGGAGAUCAAGUUGAGAAAUGGUUGAACAACCUAUUAUGUCUCGACGCUACGAUAGUAUCGAAAAAUGUUCAAGGUUGUCCUCAUCCGUCAAAAUGCGAAUUAUACUAUGUCAAUCGAGACACCUUAUUCUCCUACCACCCGGCAUCAGAGGUGUUCCUACAGCGCAUGAUGGCUUUAUACGUGGCAAGUCAUUACAAGAACUCGCCAAACGAUCUGCAGAUGCUCUCGGACGCACCGGCACAUCACUUGUUCGUGUUGUUGCCACCGAUUAAAGAGGAUGACAACUCUCUUCCGGAUCCUUUGGUGGUGCUCCAAGUGGCUUUAGAAGGGAAUAUUAGUAGGGAUGUGAUAUUGAAGGAGUUGAGUCAGUCGGGUAUGAGGAGUUCAGGUGAUAUGAUCCCUUGGUUGAUAUCCAUGCAGUUCCAAGACAACGAUUUCGCUAUGUUAUCGGGAGCGAGAGUUGUAAGGAUAGCUACUCAUCCUGAUUACGCAAGGAUGGGAUAUGGUGCCAGAGCUAUCGAAGCCUUGAACUCGUUCUAUAGUGGCGAAUUAUAUAACUUUGACGAUGCGCCGGCUGAUAUGGGAGAAUCGUUCGAGGACGCUGCUAAAGUCGGACCUAAUGAAACUUUACAGAACGAUACCGUUUCGAUACGAGAUGCGGCUCGAAUGCCACCUCUACUCCAACGACUAUCAGAGCGUAAACCCGAACAGUUGGAUUAUCUCGGUGUAUCGUUCGGUCUUACCAAAGACUUGCUGAGGUUCUGGAAACGUGCUGGAUUCAUACCCCUUUACGCAAGUCAGAGGGAAAACGCGUUGACUGGAGAAUAUACAUUUGUGAUGCUUAGAAGUCUGUUGAAUAACGUCGAACAGACCGAAGGAUGGUUGACUGCAUUUGCACAAGAUUUCCGACAACGAUUCAUGAACCUUCUUUCAUACUCAUCAUUCCAGAAAUUCGAAUCUUCAGUAGCAUUAUCAAUAAUCGAAGCUGCCUCACCUCGAUUACCUGCUGCCCUCAAUUCACCUAAGAAGACAAUAACGGCCGAAGAAUUGAAUGCCUUGAUAACUCCCUUCGAUAUGAAACGAUUGGAGUCAUACUCGGAUAGUAUGCUGGAUUAUCAUGUGGUCUUGGAUCUGGUACCGAUUUUGGCGAAUUUAUUCUUCAGCAAGAAGCUGGGAGAUGAUUGUACACUUGCUGCUGCCCAACAGGCUAUCUUGUUGGCUUUGGGUUUACAAAGGAAAUCAGUGGAGGCUUUAGAGACUGAAUUGGGAAUAACAGCUACUCAAUGUUUAGCACUCUUCGGUAAGAUCUUGAGGAAAAUCACCAAACAACUACAAGAUAUCCAGAAAGCCUCGAUCGCAUCGAGCUUACCUUCUCAACCUAAUCCUACGCAAUCUUCCAAUAACAAAUUCCAAGCGUUAGAUAAAACCAUCGAAGAGGAUUUAGAAGAUUCGAUACCUGUAUCUGACGAAGCUCGAGCCGCACAGAGGGAGAUACUAGAUUCCAUCAAUAUGGAUGAAUAUGCUCUUCCAUUGGAGGGAGAUUGGACGAACGCCGAAGAGCAAGUCAAGAAAUUGGCUAGUAAUGGUGGGGAGGGAUUGAGCACGACCAUGACGGUAAAAUACAAUAAGAAGGAUGAACAGUCCAAGAAAGAUGGGAAUAACAAGAAGGAUGGCAAAGGGAAGAGAAGGGUUAGUGAGGGUGAGAAAGGGUCGAAAGGCAAGAAGAUGAAGGUUUAA